GUCAUGACAAUAUUUUAUUCAAGUAGUUUGUACGUAUAUCUGACAAAGCUUCACAGUCUUUAAGCAGAAGAAUAUUCGUCAAGUUACCAAGAAUUACAACUUCUACUUAAUAUUUUGAUAUGUACAUGUACACUGUUUUGAUUACGUAUCAGAAUUAUGACCUUUUUGCAAACAUACAUGACCCCUUUAUCAUUACAUAGUUUACAUUUAGAGAUAUUUCUGCGAGACACAAAAGUCAUGCAUGCAUUGCCCCUGCAUGCCUCUUGUUCUGAUAAACAGUCCGAUUAGAUAAAAUUCAUCACUGGCUACUGGUAUGAUUUUGUUCUUCGAUCAAUUGUACUAAAACCAUGCCGUCAGAGCAAACAUCUGCCAACGAAUUAAACACUGUCCUUCCUGGAUUUACUGGAGAAUGCCAUCCGAACAUCUUCAACUUGGCGGCGAGACCGGAAGCAAAAGAAAAGAAACCUGGACAACUUCCGGACGAACUGAUAAAGAAGUUCUUUGAAGAUGGGUAUGUGAUCGUUGAGAACUUCUUUACCAAGGAAGAACUGGAACCAUGCAAGAUGGCUAUUGAAAAAUUUGUAGAUCAGCUAGCUCAGAAGUUACACGGAGCUGGAAAAAUCAAAGGGCUUUACAGCGAGUGUGGAUUUUUCGAGCGUUUGACGAAGAUUGAGCAAGACUUUCCCGGAGCAAACAUAAUUUUGCACAAAUAUGGAGUUCUGCCACAGGCUUUUAAAGACCUUUGGAUCAAUGAACGUUUGUUAAACGUCGUAGAGCAGCUGAUAGGGCCUGACAUUGCGGGACAUCCGGUUUGGAACCUACGCACUAAGACACCUCAGAAUGAGGCAACAACUGUUCCUUGGCAUCAAGACUCCGCCUACUUAGACAGGGAUUCUUACACAGUUCUUCAGCCGACAGCCUGGAUACCUCUACUAGACGCCAACGCACAAAAUGGCUGUAUGCAGGUGGCACACAAAGGGCACAAGACCGGAAAAGUCGCAACUCACCAAUGUUGCUAUGGAAACACUUGGUAUGUUAUGCUGGAGGAAGAGGAAAUGAAAAAAUCUCUGGGAAUUGAUUUGGAAAAAGACAUCGUGACGUGCCCGGUUCCCUAUGGAGGAAUGCUUCUGUUGAAUAACAUGAUCCCUCACAGAAGCCUACCCAAUAUGUCUGAUAAAAUCCGUUGGAGCCUGGAUCUUCGCUGGCAAAUACCAAGCCACUCCGCCGGAUUUUACGGAAUCCGAGAAAACCUAUUAUUUCGCACGUCCAAGGACCCCAACUACAAGAUAAACUGGUCGGGUUUUGAGGGGGAAAACCGAUGGGACAUCCAAAAGGAGUAUGUCAACGAUUUGCAAGAUGUACUUCCCAAUGCUGAGGAUGCCAACUUCGAUACAACUAUCCAGGGACCGUGGAUGAAAAAAUGGGAACUGGUCAACCACAACGAACACACCGAUAAAAUGGAUCAGGAAAUCAAGAGUACUUGGCAUGGGGGGAAAGUCAAGGCCUGAUUCUGACAGAAAGUCAAGUCUAAUGCUCCAAAUGUUUUCCAAGAGUUUUCACAUUACAAAUUACGAACCAAUCCAUGUUUUCAAGCAUAUGAAGAAAGAAAAUUUCAAAAUGCACAAAUCCAAGCAUUGAAUCUUGUUUUGUACGAUACUUGAUAUUUUUAAUAAAGGUAUUCAAUUUAUUAAUCUA